CUAUAGGCACCAUAAGAAAUGUAACCCACUGUUUCCUGGGGUGUCCUGGAUUUACGUUUACUAUGUGACGUCUACUCCUGAGUCUAGGUUGGAGGGAUGUAGAACUAUGGUAGUUACAGAGGGGGAGAGAAAGAAAGAGAUUCACUGGAUUUUGCCCAGUACACUUGCAAGGUUUCCAAGAAGAUCCAGCAGGACAAGGAGAGAGGAGAUGAGAAAGGGGUAGCAUGGUCCAUUCGGGUUGGAUGUACCAAAAUAAGUGACCACAAAGGGCGAUGUGGCUCUAGGGAACCGGGCAGGGAUUUCACACAAGACCGCUGUUGUGUAGGGAGAGAGCGGCGGACAUCUAGGUGAUGCUUGCGGGGUCAGUGAUGCACCAAGACGAGUGUGGUGGAUUCCAGCAACCCGCCGCUGCAGAGAGCAAAGCCCGCUAGCUUACCGCGGCCGAGAUGGUGCAUGGAUAGCGGAUCCCUUCAUGCUGCAAAACAUGACCAAGCGUUUAUAACAAAACCGGCAGUUUGGGAGCUAAACUAAGGAAUUCGAUGCUUGCAUUAGCAGGAAGAAUACAAACGCGCAUUUCCAUUGAGACUCCGAGCCUGGAUGAGAAAGGAUGCCAUCUCCAUAAAACCUAUCAUACAUAGCUAACGGAGAGGGCCAGCUUGCGUUUUUUUCACCAUACUAGAUUUGUUUGAGUAGGCCGGUUGUGAUUCGUGAACCACAAGCUGUAACGAUGUUGGUGAGAUGCCACCGGAGCAAGCUGUCGGUGUGGGCCGUUCUGUGUGUGCUCGUGUUAUGCUGGCUCUACAUUUUCCCAGUGUACAGACUCCGGAGCGACAAGGAGAUAGUUGAUGAAGUGCUGCGGCAGGGACAAGUAUGGCAGAGGAACCAGACGGAAAUCGAUCUGUUCAGGAAGCUGCUUUCAGAGUGCUGUGACCCAAGGAGAAUGUUUGCGGUGACCAAGCAGAAUUCACCUAUGGGGAAGGUCCUGUGGUACGACGGAGAGUUUUACCACUCACACACAGUCAACAAUGAGACCUACUCUCUCUUUGUGCAGGAGACACCUCUUCAGCAUCCCCUCAAAAAGUGUUCGGUGGUGGGCAAUGGAGGGGUCCUGAAGCACAGCGGCUGUGGGAAGGACAUUGACCAGGCUGACUUUGUCAUGCGGUGCAACCUUCCACCACUGUCUAGGGAGUAUGUUGAGGAUGUGGGGACCAGAACUAACCUAGUGACAGCCAACCCCAGCAUCAUUGAGAAGAGGUUCCAGAACCUUCUUUGGUCGCGGAAAAGCUUUGUGGAGAGCAUGAAGGCCUACGGCUCCAGCUACAUUUACAUGCCAGCCUUCUCCAUGAAGCCGGGCACCGACCCCUCCCUGCGGGCACACUACGCCCUUACCGACACCUCGUCCAACCUCACCAUGCUGUUUGCCAACCCCGAGUUUCUCAGGACCGUGGGAAAGUUCUGGAAGGGUCGCGGAGUGCAUGCCAAGCGCCUGUCCACAGGCCUCUUCCUGGUCAGCCUGGCGCUGGGGCUGUGUGAGGAGGUGACGGCCUACGGCUUCUGGCCGUUCAGCGUUGGGCUCGACGAGCAGCCCGUCAGCCACCACUACUACGAUAACGUGCUGCCGUUCAGCGGGUUCCACGCCAUGCCUGAGGAGUUUGUCCAGCUCUGGCAGUUGCAUAAGAGCGGCACACUGCGUAUGAGGGUGGGACACUGCCCACCUCGGGAAGGGGCUAUAUAACACUCAAGGAACCAAGGGACCCUCCCCUAAUAAACCUUCCCUUCCUUUCGCUUACAACCCACCAGCCCCCUGCGAUCGUCCCCAGCAAACCACCCGCAAACCUUCACCUCUUUCUCCACCAUUAGCAUGAGAAUGUAACCCAUGGUUACCCACCCAGCCGAGAAAGCCCCCACACACCCUCUCUCUCUAUCCUGUCCUCCAUCCACUCUAACUAUGUGUGUGUUUGUGUGCGUGCGUGUGUGUUUGUGUGCGUGUGUGUGCGUGCGUGUGUGCAGAGAGGAGGUCUGCUAACUCUCAGCUGGGGCUGGAGGAUUCUUUAUAUGUUGACUACUCAAUGUGACAUAGGGAGGAGCUGGGCCCAAUGCCCCCACUGUGUCUUUGUUAAACAGAGACAGAAGGAACAAUCCUAACCAAGAGGUUUUCAUACAAGUCUUAAGAGAACAGACUGAAAGACUUGAAACACGGACGGAAAAAGGAAAGGAGGAACCAAGAUGUCCUGGUACUAGGCUUGUAUGAGAGCGGACUAAAAGGGAGAAUGAAAGAUGUCUUGGUACCUUGCUCGUUCGAAGGAGUUUGUUAUUUUUUUGUCUUGAACAAAAACCCUUGAUGGACAUCUUAAGCAACCAAUCAGCAUUGAGGUUCAAAGUAGGAUCCAAUAGAAAAGGAGAGUGAAGCACGAUAUCGAGCUCCUAGAAUGUUCCAUUUUACAGCCAAAAGGGAAGCCAAGAACAUUGCAGUGUUUGAUAUAUCCGUAUGUUAAUUUAUAUUUGUUAAUCAUGACUUUAAUGAUACAUGUUUUUCAUUUUAUAUAGGUUGAUGUUCUACGUUGAUUUAGUUAUGUUACGAUUGAGAGCUGAGUAUGUAUUUAAAUCUUUUCACAAAACUCCACUGCAGAGAAAAAGAUGUGAGCUUUACAAAUCAUGACCUCAUCUGUGUAUCUUCAUCAAGAGGUUGUGGCCUUGAAGGUUCACCCCCCGUUCACGCUACGAGUGCUUAUUGGUAUGGUCCACUUACAAACACACUCCAUUGACAAGAGACUGGGAGCUACCAUAGCUUUCAUUCUGUAGGGGCUGUUAAAAAGUGUCUUGACUGAGUGAUGACAACACUGCAUGUUUCUGUUCAGGUGCGGGACACCUGCUCACAUUGAACUUGAACAUUCAUACUCUUCUUCAUCACCAUGGUCAUCGCCAUCAUCAGUGUGCGUCUGAAUGUCUGGGCAGUGACCUGAACUUUGCUGUCCUGCAUUUAUUUCUAGGUGGUUUUUUUCUGUCAUUCAUAACAGGGUUGGGAUCAAUUCCAUUUCAACUCAGUCAAUUCAGGAAGUAAACUGAUAUUCCAAUUGAAAUGGAAUUGACUCCAACCCUGAUCCGUGUACACAUACAAGGGAAUGAACAUAUGAUGUGUAGUAGGUGCUAGUUCUUCUGUCCUUCUGUCAUCAUCACCCAACAGUUGAGACAGUGUAAGAGCCAGCCCUUUUGGUUUUACAUGAACUCCUGUCAUGAAUUUUGGAAUGAUACGUUUAAAUGUUGUUACUGUCAUUUAUAUUUUGGUUGUGCAAAUGUGACCAGUACCAUAUCAUGUCAUGGGCCAAUCUAAGUGCGCAUGGAUCAUGCAUGGAGUCUAGCACCAACACUGAAACAACAUUUAAACAACGUUUGGGCUAACCUACAGGCACAGAACAAAUCAUGUGAAUUAUAUUCCUCAUAUCUACUGUAUAAUAAAAUAUUUUUGUGCCUUCAGAAUUCACCAAGGCAAAUGGAAAUGCUAGACAUUACUGUAUGCUAUCUUUAGAAUGACAUUUUCCCUUGUCCCCCUUUUGAAACUGAUUUCCACAAUCGCAAUGGGACACUGCGAUAUCAUAGAAUAAUAUAGUACUACAGUAGAGAGGAGGAUGGAGGGAGGUGGUAAUACAGUAGCAUGAAUUAUUUGAGCCAUUUGAAUGUUUGAAGUAUUUCAAGGGUGCAUCUGAAAUGGCACCCUAAUCCCUAUGUAGUGUAUUACUUAUGACCAUCACCUAUAGGGUGCACUACAUCGGGAAUAUUGACCCCUUUGACCUCUAUAUGAAAACCAUGUGACUAAGGAAACAAGUCCAGAGUCUUAGAUUGAGCUGGUUGUUGUUGGACCAAGUCAGUUAAUGAUAAACCAAACCUGUUUAAAGUCUCUUCAUUGCCAGUCCUGAUGCAAACUUGUGCUCUCUUCCAACCAGGAAUUGAACUGUUGAUCAUUUUUAAAAACCAAUGCGAUUAAAUUGAUGCCACGUAUUUGCACCUUCGGGCCCACUUUAUUUGGAUAGUCUGGAUAGUCCAUCUGUAGAUGGUCUUACUAUCAACAAACUAUCUGUUGAGAAGCAACAGAUUGCUAAGGUUAGGGUAAAGGUUAGGGCUAGGAUAAGGCUUAGUAGAUAGUUAGUUGACAUGUUAUCCAAAUAAAGUGUUAUCUCACCGUCUGGUUCCUCUGCCCAGUAUUGUGAAUGAGAAAUAUUUUACUGUGUCAUUUGCAGUAAGCAUGACUGUGACUCUGUAUGUGUUUUGGGGUUUUGACUUUCAAACUCAUUCUGUCCAUUAUUUUGUGAAGCGCCAUAUUGGGUUGAUUAUGCCCAAAAAGAAAUAGCGCAAAUUGUACCUCAAUAUCGGUUUUGCUGGCAAUCCCUUUUAGCCUUAGUAUGGGUACCAGUCAUUUUCCAAAUGACAGAAGUGGCAAGGAGUGGAAUGUUAGCUAAAAAUACUGGUACCCAGUCUAUAUUAGCCUACUCUGGGGUUGAAUUGUGACGUAAUGCAAACACAAUGUGACGUUCUCAGCUACACAGUGUGUGUGAGCGAAUCCUACUUACUGUGUCAUGAAUAAGAUGACAUCUAGUUAACGAGGACUUCUGCACAGUGGUACUUCUGAAUCUUUCCUACGUAUAUUUAGAUGUGUUUUUAGUGUAUGCCAUUACCAGGUUCAUUUGGACAAAAUAUAUAAAUGUGUUUUCUUUGUUUUGCCUUGCCUUGAAUUUGUUUUUGAAAAAUACUUUGGAAAGGAAAAAAAGCAGUGAGGUUUUUACAUUAUUAAGCUGUUAAUGUAUAUUCAACCCUUGUGUCAAUCACCUUACGUCAGCUCAAUGCUGUUUUUGGCGAGAGUACCCUGCCUGAGCAUGUUCGAAUACAGGAAGUCAAAAUUAAGGACUGAAAUGUGUUUUAUGUGCCACCUGGACUAUGCCAAGAAAAUCAUUGCAUCCAAAUAAGAGGUAAACACUGGUAUCCAAUAAAGAAGGUAAUAAUUUUGAA